CCCCAGCGCCUGGCACCCCGUUCUCCAUCAGCCCAUCACAGGAGCUUCAGCUGGGACGGCAGCCAGAGGGCAGGAGGGCUCAGGUGCUUAUCUCAGAUCUUCCCGAGUGUUCCCACAACCCGAGUGAUUCUGAUCCCAAGCGAUUAUGAUCCCAUGGAGCCGCUGAGGAGCCUGCACCAGCGAGCACCAUCUCCCAAGUGGAUAAAUACUCAACCCCCUCCUUUGCAAGGCGGCAUCAGCAUCUGAACCAGAGCAUCAGAUGCACCGAGUCCAGCUGAAGCCACCGGGGCUGAGAGCUGCGGGGCCGGUGGCCCUGUGACAGCAGCAGCAGCAGCAGCAGCGCGGGACCAUGGCUGCGGCAGCGCAGAUCCCGCUGUGCUCCGUGACCGCGUGGCUGCUCCUGCACGGCCUCCUCCUGGCCUCCCAUCCCCGCUCGGCCGCAGCGUUCCCCAAGGGCUGCUACCCCUCGGAAGAGGAGGGCCUGAAGACGUUCCGCUGCAGCAACGCCCGCCUCACCGAGGUCCCCAGGGACAUCCCCAACGACACCAACAAGCUCUACCUGGACUCCAACCGAAUCCCAUUCCUGCCCCGCGACGCCUUCCAGGACCUGCCCCUCCUACUGGAGCUGGAUCUGUCCCACAACGCCAUCGCCGGCGUCGAGAGCGGAGCUUUCCGGGGUCUGGCAGAGCACCUCCGCUCCCUGGACCUGUCCUCCAACAAGCUGGUGUCCGUCAGCAAAGACGCCUUCAGCAACCUGAAGGCCAAGGUGAACCUCUCCGACAACCCCUGGCUCUGCGACUGUCGGCUGCAGGAGCUCAUCCGCACCGUGGAGCUGGCGGCCGGCUCCUCCGGCGGCCUCGUCUGCGACUCCUCGGCGCAGGAGGAGCACGUGGGCAAAGCCUUCCUGCAGGUGAUGGCCGACACGGACCUCUGCAACGUCUACAAGAAGACCACGGACGUGGCCAUGCUGGUCACCAUGUUCGGCUGGUUCGCCAUGGUCAUCUCCUACCUGGUCUACUACGUGCGGCAGAACCAGGAGGACGCCCGGCGGCACCUCGAGUAUCUCAAGUCCCUGCCCAGCAAGCAGCGGAGGUCGGAGGAGUCGUCCACCAUCAGCACCGUGGUGUGAGGCUCCGGCAGGACUCGGCUCGCCCGCGGCUGCCAGGAGCUGCCACAGGACCAGGCGUGGAUUUGUCCGGUUCUCCUCGGGGAAGCAGCAUCCGGCAGCGGGAGCUCUGGUGCAGCGAGAGGUGAAGCAGGGAUGGGGAUGGGCACCGGGCACCGAGCAUCCACCCGGACCAGAGGGACCCUGGACACCCUGGGGCGUUCAGACUCCGUUUCAAACCGGGGUCUUUCCUGUGCAGGGAUCCCUUGGGCCGUUGGUGAUGUUCAUGGUUUAAUCCCUCCCCAGCUGCCCAAGGGAUGGUCCCAGCAGCACAGGGCAGCCAGUGCUGGGCUCCCUGCCUGCACCCGGAGCGGUGUGGCCAUGGGGCCGGAGCCACCGGACCAAAGGGUGGUAACAAGAGGUGGGGACACAUCGGUUGGGAAGGGCGAGGGGCAGGUCUUGGGUACCCCGCUCCAGCUCUCGAGCUGGGUGGUGCUGCCCCAUCUCCCAUCCCAGCCCCUGCUGCUCCCCACUUCUUUCCUGGCACCUCUGGUCCAGGCGGAGCAAGGCGCAUGGGGGCGGCGGUCCCAGUUGGCGAUGGGGUGGCUCAUGGGCAACCCCAGCGCUGUCCCCCUUGGAGCAGGAUGUUCUUACAGGAAGCAAAUGGGGAAUGAAGCUCCCCCAGGGAUGAGCUCCCUGGAGCUGCCGAGGGAUGCAGGAGCUGCUGGAGGGGAGCUGAGGGGUGCAGGCGGUGGGUCUGGCCCUGCUGGGAUGCGCUGGGGGGAGCAGGAUUCCCCCCAGUUCUCCCUUGGCACCGUGCAGGUCGGUGUUUGCUGCCCUCAUCCGCCUGCUCCCUCUCCAGGAGUCACAAGCUGCCGACCGGUCACUGUGAGGGGAGCGGGGAUGGAGGGAGCCGCCGCGGCUCCUCCGCCCUCUCCCCACUCCCGCAGGAGCCCGAAUCUGCCCUAAAACGCCCCCAAAAUCCCUUCUCAACCCUUCCAGCAUUGGGCUACGGGUUCCUGGUGUCAGUAGGUAGAGGGCAGGGUGCCGGUGGCCAGCGUGGGUCAGGGUUGGUGCCCACCUUUGGGUGCACAGGGUCCAAGCGGCGACUCGGAAGCAAAGCCAAGAGCGGAGGCAGCCUCCCCCAGCUGUGUCUGGGGGCUGGGUUUGAUGGGGUUGCCCUUGUUUAAAACCAGCUGAAGCUUAAACUGCCUUAAAUCACCCGGAGCACCAACCAAAGCUGCUCGAGCACCCCCCGGCUGCUGCCCGUGCUCCAAUGGGAGCCGUGGUCCAGAGCCGGCCGGGAGCAGCCCCUGCACCCUUCCACAAGUGCCUCCAUCCCCAGCACACACCGGGGGCUCUGCCACGCACAAGCACCUCAGCCCCAGCUCCAAACCAGGCACCCCUGGGGCCCACAGCCCCACGGCAGCUCCCCACGUACAACCAGGGCUUGUGGGGCCCCAGAGCGAGGCACUGGCGUGGCUGCGGUGCCCGUCUGACCCAACGUGUGUUUUGUUUAAGGGACCUUUUACGUUCUUACUUUGUACACCAAUAAAGUCGGCUUUGACUUUGGA